GGUUAGACUAGCCUGAAAGAGAGCGAAACUCCAGCUGACAAUUGACAGGUGUCCGUCUGUGAGGAGGGAUUAUAAACCCCAGGAGUGAGCUCUCUAGCCGCACUCUGAGGCAGGGCACACAGCUGCACCACUUGGGAAACAACCUCAUCUCUGCUUUUCUUUUUUUUCAAGCACCAACAAAUUAUGGGGCUCAGUGAUGACGAAUGGAGCCAUGUCCUGGGCAUCUGGGCAAAGGUGGAACCAGAACUCCCGGUCUAUGGACAGGCAGUUAUAGUCAGACUCUUUCAGGUUCACCCCGAGACCCAGGAACGCUUUGCCAAGUUCAAACACCUGAAGACGAUCGAUGAGCUGAAGAGCUCCGAAGAAGUGAAGAAGCACGGCACCACUGUCCUUACCGCCCUGGGCAGAAUCCUGAAGCUGAAGAACAAUCAUGAACCGGAGCUGAAGCCACUGGCAAAAAGCCAUGCCACGGAGCAUAAAAUCCCUGUCAAGUACUUGGAGUUCAUCUGUGAAAUCAUUGUCCAGGUCAUUGCUGAGAAGCAUCCCUCGGACUUUGGGGCCGAUUCCCAGGCUGCGAUGAGGAAGGCCCUGGAGCUGUUCCGAAAUGACAUGGCCAGCAAGUACAAGGAGUUCGGUUUCCAGGGCUAGCGUGCACAUGAGGCGACACCUCCACGGAGGCCCAGCAGUGCAUCUUAGAAUAGCUUCCU